UUGUUCUAGCUGCUUCCUCAGGAUCUGCGACUCUUAUUAUCCACCCACGUCGCUGUUUCGCCUCUAGUUAUUUUCGUGCCUUUCUGUUGAUCUCUGGUUUUCCGACUUCUGCUGUGACUAAGAGUGUAAUUUCGGCAGAGCACGAUGAGCGUGGUCGGUUUUGAUGUGGGGAAUGAGAGAGGCGUGGUGGGCAUCGCGCGGCAGCGCGGCAUCGACAUCGCGCUCAACGAGGAGUCCAACCGCGAGACGCCCAAUGUCGUCUGCUUCGGCGAGACGCAGCGAUUCCUCGGCGUCGCAGGGGCGGCGUCGUACACGAUGAACCCUAAGAACACCGUGUCGCAGAUCAAGCGCAUGAUCGGGCGGAAAUUCGCGGAUCCCGAGGUCCAGAAGGACCUCUCGAUGUUCCCCUUCCGCUGCUCCGAGGGCCCCGACGGCGAGAUUCUGGUGCACGUGAUGUACAUGAACGAGCCGCGGACGUUCUCGCCGACCCAACUUCUCGCGAUGGUUCUGUCGGGUUUGAAGGCGAUCGGCGAGAAGGACCUGGGGUCGAAGAUCACGGACUGCGUCAUCGGCAUCCCCGUCUACCUCACCGACUCGCAACGCCGCGCUUAUCUCGAUGCCGCUACUAUCGCGGGCCUGCACCCGCUCCGGCUAAUGCACGAGCCGACGGCCACGGCCCUGGCGUACGGGAUCUACAAGACGGAUCUGUCGGAAACCGAGCCUCUCAAUAUCGCGUUCGUGGACAUCGGGCACUCGACGAUGCAGGUGUCGAUCGUGGCGUUCAAGAAGGGCCAGCUGAAGGUGCUCGCGCACGCGUUCGACCGGUCGCUGGGCGGGCGCGACUUCGACGAGGUGCUCUUCAACCACUUCGUCGACGAGUGCAAGCGGGCGCACAAGCUCGACAUCCCCUCCAACGCGCGCGCGUGCCUCCGCCUGCGCACGGCAUGCGAGAAGCUCAAGAAGGUCCUCAGCGCCAACCCGGAGUCGCCGCUGCACGUGGAGUGUCUGAUGGACGAGAAGGACGUGACGGGCUUCCUCAAGCGCGACCACUUCGAGGAGCUCGCGAAGCCCAUCCUGGAGCGCGUCAAGGCGCCGUGCCAGCGCGCGCUGCUCGAGUCGGGGCUCACCAUCGAUCAGAUCGCGGCCGUGGAGCUGGUGGGGUCGGGGUCGCGCGUGCCGGCGAUCCUGAAGAUCCUCGCGGAGUUCUUCGGCAAGGAGCCGCGCCGCACCAUGAACGCCAGCGAGUGCGUCGCGCGCGGGUGCGCGCUGCAGUGCGCCAUGCUGAGCCCCGCGUUCAAAGUCCGCGAGUUCGAGGUGCACGACACGUACCCCUUCGCCAUCGCGCUCUCGUGGAAGCAGGCCAGCGCGGCGGGGGCGGCGUCCGCGGAGGGCGCGGAGGGCGGGGGCGAGGAGGCGGCGGCGCAGCCGAACCAGGUGGUAUUCUGCAAGAACAACCCGCUGCCCAGCUCCAAGCUGCUCACCUUCUACCGCACCGAGGCCUUCACCAUCGACGCCUUCUACGCCAACCCCGAGGACCAGACCGUUGGCGCCAACGUCCGCAUCGGCACCUUCACUGUGGGUCCGUUCGCCCCGUCGCGGCCGGACUCGAAGCCGAAGCUGAAGGUGAAGAUCCGGCUGAACCUGCACGGCAUCCUGUCCGUUGAAUCCGCCACACUGCUGGAGGAGGAGGAGGUGGAGGUGCCAGCAAAGAAGGACGCCGCGCCCCCGCCAGCAGCAGCAGCAGAUGCGGCUGGCGCGCCCAUGGAGGCCGAGGCUGGUGCGGCAGCAGCAGGCGAUGCUGCUGCUGGCGAUGCCAAGAUGGACGACGCCGCUGCCGCUGCAGCAGCGCAACCAGCCAAGCCGGAGAUGGUGAAGAAGAAGAAGACUAAGAAGACGGACGUGCCCAUCGAGGCGCACCUGGUGGGGGGGCUACCUGCGGCGACGCUGCAGCAGCUGGUGGAGGAGGAGUUCGCGAUGGCGCUGCAGGACCGCGUGAUGGAGGAGACCAAGGAGAAGAAGAACGCCGUUGAGAGCUACGUCUAUGACAUGCGCAACAAGCUGCACGACAAGCUAGCCCCGUACGCGACGGAGGCGGAGAAGGAGAAGGUGUUGGCGCGGCUGCAGGAGACGGAGGACUGGCUGUACGAAGACGGCGAGAGCGAGAGCAAAGGCGUGUACUCCGCCAAGCUCGAGGAGCUCAAGCGCCUGGCCGACCCCAUCGAGAACAGGUUGCGGGAGGAGGAGGCGCGUGGGCCCGCCUUGAAGUCGCUGCAGUACUGCAUUGGCAGCUUCCGCGAAGCUGCGCUGUCCACCGAUGCGCUCUAUGAGCACAUCGACCCUAAGGAGAAGGCUCAGGUGGUGGAGGAGUGCAACAAGGCGGAGAUGUGGCUGCGCGACCUGAUGUUCCAGCAGCAGAAGCUGGGCAAGAAGGACAACCCCGUGCUGCUCGCCGCCGACCUCAGGAAGAAGGCAGAGACCCUCGACAGGUUCUGCAAGCCCAUCAUGACCAAACCAAAAGCAGCUCCCAAGCCUGCUCCAGAGCCAAAGCCCGAGCCUGCUGCCGAGGCACCCAAGGCAGGUGGUGAGCCGAUGGAGACAGAAGGGGCUGCAGGGGAGGGUGCAUCAGCGGGGGGAGAAGCUGCAGCUGGAGAUGUCAAGCCUGCUGAAGGCGACGCCAUGCAAACAGAGUAGAGUGAUCAAGAAAUGAUAGUGCGUUAGUAACCUUUUUAUGAGUUCAGCCAGCCUCGAGAUUCUUUUAACCCGCGUUCUAAGUGGAGCUUGCAUAUUUGCAAUGGGUUCCUGAGGGCCAGACGCUCAGGCAGUGAACCUAUCUUGAUUUGCUGCGUUUUUCUUGAGCAAGCCAUGUACACGUGUCCAACAUCCAUGGAGC